AUGGCAGACGUAAGCGGAGCCCGUAAACGCAACUCCGACCGCGACGCCAUAUCACCGCGAACGCUCAGCGUCGACGAGAACUCGCCCAUAGUCACAAGUUCGCAAUCUCGCAACCAGGACUACAACUCUAUAUCCCCUGAUAUCCGUGCGCGCGAACACUCAACCACUACUACCACCAACACUAAAGCCGCGAAUCCAUCUCAAGAUCCAAAUGGCGUGUCUUCCAUACCUCAGGGACCCGCAGCCACGGAUUCUGGUGCACAGCAAGAAGGUACAGCGGGUACCUUACAACCAGCUACCGACCAGAGACGACUAAACGGCGACACAACCACCGAGCGCACAAGAAGCGCAGAAAGGGAAGCCGCGGCGGUAGAGCGACGGGAGAAAGGAUGGUGGAGCGGGUUCUGGGAAAAGUACGGGAGUGUGGAACUAGACAACAAGGGGAGUGUUGCAAGAGACCAUUUGGCUUUGGAGCGGACGUUCCUAGCCUGGCUCCGCACAUCUCUGUCCUUUGCUUCAAUCGGCAUAGCAAUAACUCAACUCUUCCGUCUAAACACCUCUCUCUCAAACUCUCCAGACGCAUCAAACACAGCCUCUCCUCAGGCAAAACUACGGCAUUUGGGGAAACCGCUCGGCGCAACCUUCAUCGGUAUCUCCAUCUUGAUGCUCCUGAUAGGUUUCCAUCGGUAUUUUGAAGCACAGCAUUAUGUUAUACGGGGCAAGUUCCCUGCAUCUAGAGGGAGUAUUAUCAUAGUUAGCGCGAUAGCGGGCGCGCUGAUAGCUAGUUCGCUUAUCAUCAUAGUGGUUACGGCGCCGGGGGCGUUUGAGACGUGA